AUGAAGAUGUCAGUAUUUAUACUAUAGAUGAAAUAGAUUUUGAUACGAUGGAUAAUAUUAACGUGUUUGAUGAGGAAAUAUCAGAAGUUGAAGAAUCAGAACAAAUAAAAUCUUCUGCCACAACUAAUAAUUUGGUUGAACGCAUUAAAAAGAUAAUGUCUAAAUUAUUUACAAAAUACUAUGGGUAA